AUGAAAACUUCAAGCAUCCUCGUCCUCGGCUUGGCCGCAAACACCUUUGCCUUUGCGCCACAACAAGUCCUCAGCUCGCUCGGCCUUUCCGGGAGCUCUUACCAGUGCGAUAACGGCGCGAAGCCAUCAGUUGUCUGCAACGAUGCGUCUGACAAACACAACUGCUCUUGUACUUGUACCAACGGCAUCAAGUUUGAUCAACCUCUCGAUCCUUUCUCCUCCGCCACCAACGGAGGCAGUAGCCAAGUUAUCGGCGAUGCUGAAUGCAAGGCCGAUAAAGAAUUCUGUCUUGAACAUGAGAAGCAAUUGAUGGACCAGGUCACGGCGCUCAAAGAAGGCGAGCAAAAGCAUGUUCAACGCGAACAAGAACUGCUUGAGCAGCUCAGUGCCUACCAAAAGAAGAUCUACACUUAUCAGGGUUGCUUCACCGACGGCAGCGCUCGAGUGCUGGGUGACAAGACCUUCAUGAACGAUUCUAACAUGACGGUGGAGAGAUGCGAAACUUUAUGCGCAGGAUCGAAGUACUUUGGUGUUCAGAAUGGAAAGGAGUGCUUCUGUGGAAACACGUUCAAGAACCCGACGCAACACAAGCCAGAGUCUGAGUGCAAAAGUGCUUGUACGGGUAACAAGGACCAGAAGUGUGGGGCUGGGUACAGGAGCAACAUUUAUGCGAAGAUCAAUUAG